AUCGCAUUGUGUUCCUCCUCAAAGACUUAGUGGUGGUCAAGAUAACCAGGAUUGGCCAAGCCCUCCCUGAAGUGUGCUACCAGUAGUGUACCAGAUUUGCAUCAAUAACGACCACCACCACCACCACCACCACCACCACCAGCAUGUCAGUAGUAGCAGGAGUAGUGAAUGGUCACUCGUAUGUGGUGACUACUUGGACUAUCAGCCCGCCCUUGUAGUGUGCUGGACUAUCGGUCAACAAUGAGCCGAGAAAGUUACGUGGUACAACUAUUUCGGCGAUAGUUGUGGCUGAGUUGCCGAUCCAAAGGCCUGGCUCAGGAGUGAUCCUGUGCCACCUGUACCAUCAAGAUCAAGAUCAAGAUCUGCUCCGCGGUGUGUACAAGUGGCUUUGCCUUGCUCUCUGAGUUUUCUCUGAGUUUUGUGGUUUAUAUUUCUUGCCUGUGUGCUGAAAUACCCUGAAAAUGGUGAUGAGCGCGUGUGGUUCAUGCGAGGAGAGUGUGGCGAACAGGCAAAGGGCUGUGGCAUGCGAGAGAUGCAUGGCCUGGUUCCAUGUAGCCUGUGUGGGCAUGAGGGAGGCCAACAUGAAGGCGCUGGGGUUCGAGCUUCUGGUGUUCCUCUGCAGGGAAUGCCUGAGCAAGAGCCUCAAUGAAUGGAGGAACCAGGAUGAAGAAAAAGAAGAGAGAGUGGAGCAGAGCACCCAGACAGAAAACCUGAUGAAAGAGGCAGAAGCACAGACGACGAAGACUGAAGAAAGAAAAGACCAGCAAGAAGUGGUGGAAGUGGCCAGAACAGACAGACGCCCAAGGAAGAAGAGAAUGGUAGUCAAGAAAGCCCCAGUACGUGUCAUUGGAGACAGCAUGGUAAGGAAGACUUCCGACUUUGUGAGAAGGGAAAUUGAGUGCACCAGCAUGGGAGGUGCUAAGAUCCAAGACAUCAAGAGGAAAGUCAAGGAAGAAGUGCAAGAAAUGGAAGAGAGAAGCCUGCUAGUUGUCCAAGGAGGAGGCAACAACUUAGUAGAGGCAGGUGCUGAAGACACGGUAAAGGAAGUGAUAGAAGCAGUGAGGGCAGCAGAAGAGAAGAAGAUGUGUGUGGCUGUGGUGGGGGUCCUGCGGCGCCCACGGGAAGGAGUGCAGUAUGAGAAGGUUAGAAGAGAAACGAACCGCAAGAUAUGCAUGGAACUCAUGAAGAUCAAGAUGGAAUGGAUGGCAGAGAAGAAGGGCAACGUGAGCUUCCUGGACAUGGAUGGGAUCCUUGACCAGGACAAAUUCUUCGGGAGAGACGGGGUCCACCUCAACCACAACGGGAAUGAGAGGCUAGGACGUCGACUGGCUGAGUGGAUGAGGGCGAGGCAGGUGUGUUGUGUGGACGAUGCAUGA